AUGACUUCUGUUUCGACGUCAAUCGCGGGACUGCCCCUUGAGCAGCUUACUCUCUACCAUGCCGUGGAUCCCAUCCUCUCGUCGGUUUUCAUAUUCUAUGGCCCUGUCAUAACAGCCAAUUCCACGGUGCGAAGCUCGCGUUUCCAGGCACACAUUAUCGCAAGCGGAGGGAUCCAAAGUUACCCCCGAAUUAUAAUUUCCCCGACGGCUCCGCUCUAUGCCGCGGUCAAUCACCUCCCACGGGAUAAGCAAGGCGACGAAGUAUAUCGAGGGCUAGCGGUUUGUCUCUUUAAAUAUUUUGGUGACUUCUCUGAACCGGUCAGAUAUGUGUUGCUAGGGACUGCGCGGUCUGGAAAACUCUCAGCACGAUUGCCAAAUACAUUUGACGAAAUUCAUGCCGCAGAGGUAGCGAAUAAAAUGCUGAGGGUAGAGGAUCCCACAGAGAUUAUACGCGAUAUCAGGAAUUCCUAUGGCGAUAAAAUCGUGCCAUGGAUUGACGUGGACCUUGUUCUCCCUCCAGGUUCCAUCGUCCCCCCGCGGGCUCCCCGAAUUUCCGAUUGUGACAUUCGAUCGCAGGAAAAUUUCGCCAACCAAUAUGGCAAAUAUAGUCCGUUGAUUGAGCAACUUGGAGAUCCAGUGUUCCUGCCAACUUCGAAACUGCGGCACGCUCCAUCACAGCCCACAAACUCGAGCAAAUCCAAAUUCUUCUCUGCGGCCCAAAAGGAGACACUCCGACUUGCCAUGUGUGAAGUUGUCGACACCGAAGAGAGGUAUGUGGGGAAGAUGUACGACUUAGUGCAUAAUAUUAUACGAAAGUUUUGCCAGAAAGCCGCCGAAAAAUCGCCAACCAGUUCAAGCCCUGAUGAGACUGCUUUGAAACAACUUUUCCCUCCCUGCUUAAGUGAGAUUCUCGAAGUGAACAUAAGUUUUCUAGGCGAAAUACGUCAUAUACUUGAACAGACGGAAAAAGACGCGCUUGCAGAUGUGUCAAAGGACACGACUAUUGACUCGUCGUCCUUUCGCAGAGACUCUCGGGGGAAAAGGGUGGACCCGUUAGGAAUUAUCCAGUUUGCGCAUGCUCUAGUAGAUUGGUUCCCACGAUUCUCUCAACCAUAUGGAGAUUACAUGCGUACUUAUCAUGGCUUCUCCCAAACGCUGAACACUUUUCUGAAUGAUAACCAAUCCAGCUUCUCGAAGAGAGUGUACGAGGCUGGCGAACAAAGAAUGCGUUCGAUAUUAAUGGAACCGGUUCAGCGCCUUCCAAGAUACAACCUUCUUAUUGAUGCUAUGACGAGUGCGCUUCCGUCUAUUCACCCGGCUGUUAGAACUCUCCUCAAAGCCCGAGAUAUCAUCACAGAAAUCUGCUCACUGGAUUCGCAUUCUUCGAAAGACAAUUCCCAGGAUCUAAAACGGCUUCAAGGCCUUAUCCGAGGGUUUCCCGCAUCCAGCCUACCCUCUGGACGAUUGAUAACUGCUGUUGACUUUUACGAGCUAUUGCCUCCUUUUGAUUUAAACUCUCCUGAAGUAGCAGCAGAUUCGGGGAUCCUUUUGCUCUAUGGGGACUACUUGAUCCUUUUAUCAAAGGAGAUUGAAAGUAGGAUGACCGCUCGAGGACUAUAUGCUGAGCUGGAUAAGCCCCCAACGGCACGCACUGACGAAGAACCAGCACCUCUCGAGCUCAGAUUUACUCAGGCGCUGCGCAUAACCAAUAUUCGCUGCACCCAAUCGGCCUGUGGGCGUAUCUUAUAUCUUACUCCAGCAGGAAACUUUGUGCAAAAUGAGCGUUCCCGUUCCGGAACUGCAAUGGUUGCGUUAGAACUUUCAUCCACCUAUGAAGGCAAAGCAUGCCGUUUGAUUGAAGAAAUCACGAAAGCCCGGAUUGAAGGACGAUUUCCCGAACAGUAUCGGGAACGUAGCAAAUGGGGUCUUCGAAGUUUUAAAGGGGGUUCCUCAAAUCUAGGUAUUUUGGUCUCGGUAUUCGAGGAUGAACCGAAGGAUACUGCUGGUCAAAACCAAUCAUCCACUCUAAAAGUAAUUUUCGACGGGACAAAAGCUACCAGAUCAAAAGAGCUGAGCCGACCAGAAGUAGAGGUUAUUGCGUCGAUUUCACAGAUUGCGGAUGACAGAUAUAAAAUGGAAAUGGAGUCUGUGGUAGGAGUCUCCUUCACGGACUCUUUUACUGCCGCGGAUUUUGCCGCAGUUUUCGCGAAUCGAGUCAAUAACCUUCUUCGCCCUUUGCAUCAGCCUGAGAACCCAAUCCUUACGUCAGCGAUUCUAAACACUAAUUUCAACAUCAUUCGCACCAUUGCUGCCUACCUUUUAGACCAUGCAAAAGUUGGACGCGGAUUCAAACCUCCCUCUCCGUCCAAGCUUCUAUCAAAUAUUUGGAAUGGAAGUCCAAAAAGUCAAUUGCCACCUUCGAGAUCACUUUUACCUGGCCCCGUUCUUAAAGAAAUUCCGCAGAUCCCUCCCCCAGCACUUGACCAUCCCAAUGCGAAAAGCUCUAGGCCCACAUCUGCAAAUGAUUCCACUCUUUUUGGAGAAACUGUUGCAGAGACGACACAGGAUCUGUUGAAGUCCCUGGAAGAAACUUUUGCUGCCUAUGUUAUUGCAGUUCGCUCAAGAAGUGGGAAUAUUGUUGGCCGCAUACUUCGCUCACGAAAGCAGGCCGACCCUGCCGCUGUUAAUGAGCUAUGCAAUGCACUUUUGGAGAAUGCUGGGAAAAUUCAGUUGGCAGCUGAAUCUUCAGUUGACGUUUUGUUCGUUGCAUUUGAGACUUUCAUGGCCAAAGCCUGGAAUGAGCAUAUAGGACCUAUAAUACCUCCGGAUACAUUACGCGUGAUGCAGUGCAAGCUUGAUUCACUAUAUCCGGGAGAUUUUGAGGACUAUUUUCGCCGUUUCUUAGCAGAAAUGAGCCCUCAGAACCGCCGAGCUCUGGCAGCGCUGGUAAAGCUACUUGCUGAGUUACUAGAUACUUCUGGAAAUGAUGGUGAUCGCGGUGCCCUCACCGCAACUUUCUCGGAAAUUUUGACAGAGAAAGGCAACCCCAUGCAACACAUUUCACUGCUUGAUCGUCUAGUGGAGGAUUUUGAUCGACUUUUUGAUGACAGUGGCACAUGCAGUGUGCCAAUAGAAGGGAAUCUUGUAAACGAUCCUACUGUUCCGCUCCCUAGAAUUCAACCCAUGUAUGUAGGAUCAUUCGGAUCAAACGCGUCAUCGUUUAGAAAGCGGUUCGGUUUCGGAAGUACCAGGGACCGUGGUAAAUCUGAAAGUGAAGGUAAAGUUAGUUCUAUUAUUCGAACACUCAGCAAAUCCAAAACCCAUGGAGACACAGACUCGCAGCCAUCGAGUCUUUCGAAGGCAUCUCUCUUUCGAUCCAAGUCUAUCGAAACCGAUUCUCGUUUAGCCAGCCUGUUGCGGCCUGGAUCAAGGGAGCGCCUUCUCGCACAUGGCCUCUUCUCUGCAUCUGCGGAGAACCAGUCCUUGCGGCCAAACAGCUCACAAAGCAAUACACCAACCCUGGCAUCCAUCGGCGAGGAUUACUCCAUGGUUAUACCUGUUACAAGAAAGAAAAAACGACGGAGCUCUCUUUCUGAUUUGGAAGCCUUGCCAACCCAAAACGUUACGACUUUACUUCCCGCUAUUGAACUAAGACGUUCUCCUACUCCAACAUCUCCACCUAAUCCCUUACCUUCGCUGGACCCCACCUCUCCAAGGCAAUUGAGGCAAACAGAUGGGGCAGGCCCAGAAACACCGAAUGCAACUCCUGUUACCAAUCCAUCUCCCUCACGACCUUCGCUAUCACCGUGCAAGGAGAACAUUCCACUAACCCCUAGGACCACGCUUGGAGAAAGAACAGCUAAUAGAAAAUCGAAUCCAAUCGUUCCACUACAGCUUAGCCCCAAGCGGAGAACGGACCCUCCUUCCUAUAUUCCAUCCCCUAGUGUUAGCCAGUUCAAGGACCGAGUCACUUUGGCUAGCCCAUCAGAUGGGGCCAACGCUAGGCCGCAGUCAUCUUCAUCGCCUCAGCGGACCCCGAAACUACGAAUGCAGAACCCUAAGAAGCUUCGUGAACGUCUCCUAAAUGAGAAAAAGGCGAUAGCAAAUUCGGAGGCGGCGGUAAUUGCGGAGAUUUCUGCUCUUGCAGAUGAACUAGCUAGCACCAAAAUGUCCCCGAUUAAGCGGCGGCCAGCAACACCUAAGUCGGUAUCGUCACCUCAGUCAACGAUAAACUCUACCGCUACUCUUACAAAUCGGACUCGGUCUCUUGAGGCCAAGGUGAUAGCUAUGCUGUCAGAAUUGUCAGCUAGGACCUCCGUUCUCGAGAAAGAUAUUGAAGACUCUCUCCUCGUGAGUGAAAGGAGGGCUAAAAACCUCGAUGAGCUCUAUCGUGAGGCAAGCGCAGAAAAUAGCGCCCUUUAUGAACGGUUUAAUGUUGAACUGAGUAAAGUCACCAAGGAAGUGCGACUUGGAGCUGGUGGGGAAGCGCUGAAGGCUCAGUUGAAAAAAGCUUUGGAUGAAGUAGCGAGGGUUAAGAAGGAGAAUUUGAGAUUGAAAAGGGAGAUUGGGGGGUUGAAGGCGCAGCAGCUCGGAUUUGUCAAUGGAGAUGGGCUGAAGAGUGAGGAGUGA